AUGUACAAAGCUUUAGAUUUGAUCUUGGCUAAUACGGUUGAUCAAUUAUUGAAUAAAUCUUCAGCGACGAAAAUAAAUGAUCUCAGAAAACCUGGAGCGGUCAUUGGUUUUUAUUUUUCGGCAUCUUGGUGUGAGCAUAGUAUGGCUUUCACGCAGUUACUUAUAUCUUUUUAUGAAGAUAUAAACAAAAAAAUUGACACAGAAAAACUGAUUAAUAUAAAACUGUUUGAAAUAGUUUUUGUUAGUUCAGAUGGUGAUGAACAUAGCUAUAAAGAAAGUAUUAAAGAUGUUCCAUGGUUGUCUAUAUCAUAUCAUUGUCACACCCUGAGAAAAAAGUUACAAAAGCGUUUCUCAGUAAAAGAAAUCCCUUAUUUAGUAUUGGUUGAUGGUUUUACAGAGGAAUUAAUUACAACUCAAGGAAAAGAUUUCUUAUCUGAGGAUUUGAAUGGUGAUAACUUUCCUUGGAGACCCAAAUCUCUUAUUGAUUUAUUAAGCACAAAUUUGCUGUUAAAAAAUAAACAACUAAUUGAUAUUCAGGAAGAUAUCAGAGAUUCAGAUUACAGAGGAAUUUAUUUUUCUGCUCAUUGGUGCCCACCAUGUAGAUUGUUUACUCCUGUCUUAAUUAACAUCUACAACAAAUUAAAAGAAAGAGGCGUCAAAUUUGAAAUAAUAUUCAUAAGCCUAGACCGAUCCUUGGAAUCCUUUCAGGAAUAUUCACACUCAAUGCCAUGGUAUGUUCUUAAUUAUCAGGACAAUAGGAUCAAGGUGCUGACCAAACAGUUUCAAGUUGAAGGAAUUCCACGCUUGAUAAUCUUGAAUAAAAAUGAUAGAGUUGUAUGUGAAGAUGCCAGGCAAGCUGUAUACAGUGACCUUGAAGCCAUGAGAUUUCCUUGGAUUCCAAAGUUAGUUGAUCAGCUGAACGAGACAAACGUUCAUGAUUUCCAAACUUAUCCGUGUUUGGUACUAUUCACAGGUAAUGGAAGAAGUGAUUUGAUAGACAAUGCAUCAAUUUGGCUUAACGGACCCGCCGAAAAAUAUUUCUCAGAAAGGAACAAAAAUUUGAAUUAUUUAGGCGAAUUACCCGUCCUCAAAUUUUUCUAUGAAGGAAAUCAAUCUGACGAAGUGGCUGAUUCAAUACGUGCCUAUGCUCAGAUAGAUGGGAAAGCUCCUUUACUGGCCAUCGUUGAUAUCUCACAACAAAAAGUUUUCACUGAUCCUGCUGAUGAAAUUGAUCAACAGAUAGUCCAAGAUUUAAUUGAAAAGUUUAAAAAGUUUGUCUCAGAAGUUGGUAAUAACAUGGACUGA